AUGCGCCGUUACACUUCCGUGAAAUAUAGCAUGCAUGAGCUUUAUGUGAGGAAAAAGCGCACAUACAGGAUUACUUCUCUUUGAUAAUCAUGCCGUACGCCAACCAGCCAACAGUGUCAAUCACUCAACUCACCGAUGAAAACAUAAAGUUUAUUCUCGAAGACACCGAUUUAAGUGUCGCCAAUAGUUUAAGAAGAGUGUGUAUUGCAGAGGUACCCACCAUAGCCAUUGACUGGGUCCAGAUGGAAGCCAACUCCACAGUUCUGUUCGACAUGAGUUUAUUUCACACGCCGACAAGUUACAGUUGGGCUGAUUCCCUCACCAGCGAGUUUAUUUCACAUGAUGGGCUGAUUCCCCUCAACAAGUUACAGUACUGCAGGGACUGUACCUGUGAGGAGUUCUGUCCGGAGUGUGCUGUAGAGUUCCAGCUGGAAGUAAAAUGUCUCGAUGACCAGACUCGCCAUGUCACCAGUGCAGACCUUCACUCCUCAAACAACAAAGUUGUUCCUGUGACAUCCCGGCACAGAGAAGAGGCAAGUGAAUAUGAGGACACAGAUGAUAUUCUGAUUGCCAAGUUGCGCAAGGGGCAGGAGUUGAAGAUUCGAGCAUUUGCCAGGAAAGGUUUUGCCAAAGAACAUGCCAAGUGGAAUCCUACUGCAGGCGUAGCGUUUGAGUAUGACCCUGACAAUGUCAUGAGACAUACGCUGUAUCCCAAACCCGAGGAAUGGCCUAAAAGUGAAUAUUCAGAAAUUGAUGAAGAUCAGACACAAGGCACAUUUGAUGUGAACGCAAAGCCAAACAAGUUUUACUUCAAUGUUGAAGUGUGUGGCUCCCUCAAACCAGAAACUGUCAUAUUCUCUGCUCUUUCCAUCAUCAAGAAGAAGCUGAGUGACCUACAGACACAACUGAGUCAUGAGAUACAGAACGACGUCCUCACCAUCAGCUAGUUCUGGUGGCAGACAAUUUCUGCAACAUCAUCAUCACCAUAAUUAUCGUCAUCAUCGUUUUCAGCCUGUGAUCAUCAGAAGAUCAUAUGAGAACUAGGUUCAUUAUGAAAUGAAAAUUUCUGAUCAUUCAAAACUUUGAAUGUGUUAUUUAGUCUCUGUUGCUAUGGGCAGCCAUUCAGUCAAAACAUGGUCUUAAAUACAGAUAAACAAUAUACAAGAAUAAUCAAAUGACAUGAAUAUAGUAUAAGAUGUUUCUAAUAAAUACACUAAGAAAAAUAAAUAUCAACAAGCAACUUCAUGAUACACUUACACAUAAAAUGAUUAUAUGUAUCAAGGAAGAGACAUAAAAAAAUAUGACCUUCCUAGUGACCCAUGAGAAACCCAUAAGAAUGUGAUCUUCAGUGACCCAUGCUUGUCGUAAGAGGCGACUAACGGGAUGGUGUGGUCAGGCUCGCUGACUUGGUUGACACAUGGCAUGGUAUCCCAAUUGCAUAGAUCAAUGCUCAUGCUGUUGAUCACUGAAUUGUCUGAUCUUCCGCCACAUAGGUGGAAUAUUGCUGAGUGCAGCAUAAAACUAAACUCACUCACUCACUCACUCCCCAGUAUUCCUGGACAGGGUUUAAUGAAAAAACAAUUCUGUUAUCACAAUGGUACAUCAUGAUAUUCAGUUGAAUAGAGAUCAGGGUUGACCAGUUGUCAUUCAUGUCCACACCCAAAUGUGACACAUAAAAAGAUUUGAUGGCCUUUGUUUGAAAACAACAGAUUUGGGCUGAUUGUGUUCCUUGACAACACCCCCAACCCCUGCUUCACCUGCGUGGUAACUACAAGGACCUUUGCUACUUUGUGUUGCUCUCACAGAGUGAUUCUUGCAUUAUUGGUUUCUGGUUGGCCUAGGUUCCAUGUGAUAUUAUAGCUGAGAUAUUGCUGACUGACAUAAAACCUUAUUUUUUCAUUUCGAUAUAGAAAAGUUUAUUUUCUAAUAUCUAAUAUUUAAAACCAGAGUUUCAUUGUACAUCCAUGAAAACUGUUGAAUUGUAAAUUAUUGGUUUGUGAACAGAAUACAGAUGUUAAUAAUUGAACCAAUAAAUCAGAAAAAUAUAUUUUCAUUCUGAAAGUUGUAUGUAAAUGUUCUGGUAUAUUUCUUGUGAACUGGCAGGUUACAAUUUGUACAAUAAAGUGUUUCACAGAAA